AUGAAGACUGUGAUUCUACUGUUUUAUCUUCUGGGAUCAACUCAGUCGUUACCAAUGCAGCUCAAACCUGCUUUGGGACUUCCUCCAACGCAGCUGGUUCCAGAUCCGACAACCCCACUCAACCGGCAGCAGCCACAUCAGGUCUUCCCUUCUUUAAGUCUAGUACCACUGACACAGAUGCUCACCAUGGUGUCAGAUCUGCAACUGCUAAAUCCUCCUCCUGCAGGAAUGGCACCUGCUGCCCAUACCCUCCCACUGGCCCUGGGGGGAUUAAAUGUUCAACAGCAGCUGCAACCCCAAAUGUUACCACUUAUUGUAGCACAACUUGGAGCCCAGGGUACUAUCCUAAGCUCAGAGGAAUUGCCAGUGGCCCCGCAAAUCUUCACAGGCCUCAUCUUCCACCCCUUGCUCUCCGGAGCCAUCCUGCCCACCAGCCAGGCUAAUCCAGACAUCCAGAACACAAUCCUUCCUGCGGGACAAGCAGGAGUAAAUCCUGCCGUCCAGGGAGCCCCAGAAGGCCCCUCCCCGACCCCCAGUGGCACAGAUGAUGACUUUGAAGUGACCACUCCAGCAGGCAUCCAAAGGGGCAUGCACACCGCCGAGGAAACCACUACCGGGUUCCCCCAUGGAAUUCAGUAA